UCAUACCUAUCAAUCUGCACCUUUCCAGCAGCAGAAUGGAUUUCGCGCCAGGUUGGCAAGCCCGAAUUCGUUGCCAGCGCAAGACUGCUUUCGAAAGAGGUCAUGCAAGGAGAACGCCUCGACCGAGUAAUCAACCCUGAGAGAGCGCCUGAACCGGAUAUUGUGACAGCAACGAAGUGGACAAAAGCCUACUUCGACAACUGUCUGGACGCUGUGUUCGAAAUAACAGAUCGUCGCGAGUUUGAGAACCGGCUGAGCGCCCAUUUCAAAGGCGACCCAAACUCGACUUCAAACAAGUCGUGGUACGCCCUACGGAACAUAAUAUACGCCUCUGGUUGUCGAUUUUCAUUAUCUGAGGCAUCGAGUCGCACCGCAUUCACCGAAUCACGAACUCAGUCGUGGAAAUAUUUUGAAAACGCCCUUUCUGUUCACACCGACCUCCUCUAUAUCAACACUGACUUGACUUCGAUACAAGCUUUGCUGCUUAUGGGAUUUCAUGCUGAAGCUCUUGGCACCCCCGCGUUAGAGUACAUGUUGAUAUCAAGUGCAACUCGCCUCGCUCAGUCCAAGGGUUUACACCUGGCACCACCUCGGUCUCUCCAAGCAUCUAGUGAGGAGCUAUUGGAAAGACAGUCACUAUGGUGGACCUUGUAUUCAUAUGAGAAGCAUCUUGCGUACCGGUCAGGGCGGCCAUCCGCAAUCGAUGACGACUACAUUAGUUGUCCCAUCCCUACCACCCUGAAGCGCGGAUCGAACGUGUCUUUGGAGUUUGUCGCGAAAACCAUCGCCCACGCCCAGAUUUCAUCUGCUGUCGCAAAGCAAUUGAACACCGCCAAAGCGAUGAGAGACUCUCCUGAAACCAUAUUGAGACACAUUCAAGAUCUAGACAAUCAACUUCGAGAAUGGCGCGAGUCCCUUGGUCCCUUGUUCCGAACGCAAGCCCCGUUCAAGACUCAUGGACUGCCGCCAGGAACACAAGUGUUCCACCUCCUAUAUCUGCACUUUUCCUACUAUGCGCUGGUGAUUGCAGUUCACGGCGUGUUUUGUUAUCCAUGGAACAGACCCGAUCUACAAAACAGCACGAACCCAGAAAUCCAUGCUCAGAUACGCAAGAGCACGGAAGCAGUGGCUGACGCCUCGAGGCAAAUAAUUCUGGGCGUUCAAAGGCUUGAGAUAACUGCCUGUGUUCCAGUUUGGGUAACUUUCUAUUUCCCACUGGUGGGCUUGAUCAACAUGUUUAUCUGCGUGUUGAAAAAUCCCCUCAGUCCUUCAACAGCAUCCGAUCUCUCUCUGAUGGACAUUGUCGUCGGCCAUUUCGGAUACAUGGAGUUUAUCUCCUCAUCUGAACUAGAGUUUCCAUUUCCGAGAGAAAUUGCAUCGUAUGCACGGAAUCUCGUGAAGCAAGCACGUAGUGGGACGACUGCCGAGCCCCGCGACCCGCCUCAGAGCAAAGCCAGCAACACGCAGUCUCAAUCUAUCCCGAUGCCAGUCGCUUCAGAGGUUAGUUCUACUAGCUAUAGUAUGAAAUUUAGCUGA